GAUGAGUAGCAGCAUGCUGACGAGGAAUGGCCGACGCGCAACUCGAAGCACGAAAAGAAAACCAAGGGACACCAAACUAACUAGGAGUAUCAAGAGGAUAAGAGCUGACAUGGCGGAGAUCAACGAGGGCCAGGAACGCAUACGAGAUGGACAGAAAGAAGUGAGGGAGAAAUUUGAAGAAAUAAGCAAAGAGACUGCCAAACUGAAAGAGGAAACUAAUAUAAUCAUCAAGCAGAGCGCUGCAAAUCAAGUCAGGCUUGACCUCAUGUUUCAAAUUAUCAAAGCAAGAUCAGAGAAUGAUGCCCCCAGGGACGCCGUUCUGACUCAAAUCUUGCGGGAACUAAUUAAUGGCAAAGCAGAACCUGAGUUCAAGCAAGCUCCCCGAGGAGAGGCAAUAACAAGAUCAAUAAAUUAACCAUGCUUCUGCGCGCGCAUACACUUAGAUUUAGGCAGUUUAUGAUUGAAUAAGUAUAAAACAACAAUCAAUUUAUAUAAAAAGAAUUGAGAAGAGGCCUCUAAUCACAAGGCUUAAGUCCUUAACAU